AUGAAAAAUUUGAUAAAUACAUUUGAAAGUUUAUCUCGAGAAAUUUUACUUGAAAUAUUUGAUUAUCUUUCAAUAAAUGAUUGUUUUAAUUCAUUUUAUAAUCUUAAUUGGAAAAUAAAUUCAACAUUAAAUUUAUGUGGUUUUUCAAUUGAUUUAACAUCAAUAUCACAACAAACAUAUAAUGAAUUUUAUAAAAAAUUAAUAUUUUUUCAAAUUAUUAUUAUCAUAUACGUAAAUUAA